GAUAGUGUCUGUAUCAGAAUUCAAAAUGAGAAAGAUUCAUAAUAUGUUCAGUAUGGUUCAAGCUAUUACUGUUCUCACGGUGUUGAAGAUGCUCGUGAAUGCUCAAACCACUUGUAAUGGUGGGGCAGGUAGAGUUGUUUAUGAAAGAUUACCAGAUCAACAAUUACAAGGCUUCGACGACGAAGUGGUAAGGGAUACAGCACCGCCAUUCCGCGUACUAGAAAAAUGCCAAGAGCUGUGUCUCAGGGAUCGGACGGCUACCAACAACUUGGUGCGAGCUUGUUCGAGCUUUGAUUUUCAACCCGGUAGCAGAAUAGCAUCGUUCAGUGGUGCCGCCGAAUACGAAGAAAGCACCUGCUAUUUGAGCGCUGAGCAAGCACAACCGGAAGGCAUAGGAAACCUUAUGAUGGUUCCCAAUAGCGUGCAUUUCACGGAAGUGUGUUUGACAUCCAGCCGAAUUGAAAGGGAAUGUCCGAAUAGACGCUACGUUUUUGAAAGGCAUUCGCGGAAAAAGCUCAAGCUUCCAACGACGGAUGUGAAAGAAAUUACCGCCGCUAACAGAACGGAAUGCGAGGAUCGAUGUCUUAACGAAUUUAGUUUUGUUUGCCGAUCAGCCACUUACGAUGUAUCCAUGAGAAGCUGCUCACUCAGCCGCUUUACAAGAAGAACACAUCCUGAACUUCUUGAAGACAAUGCCAAUUCAGAAUACUUAGAAAACACCUGCUUAAAUGCUGAACAUCGCUGCGAUGGAUUGGCGGUAUUCAUAAAGGAAGAAAACAAACGGCUACGUGGUCCUUUUGAAGUUGACAUUUAUACAAAUUUAACUCUUGACGAGUGCCAGGCGCUUUGCCUGAGGGCAGAAAAGUAUUUCUGUCGGAGCGUCGAAUUCGAUGAACAGACUCGACAGUGCGUCAUUUCAGAAGAAGAUUCCGUUUCUCAAAGAGAUGAUAUUGGAAUUAGCAGUACACCUAGUUAUCACUUUUACGAUUUAGUUUGUUUGGAUAAUCCACGAGGUUCCGAAUAUCCGGACAAUAGCGUCUCCUCUCACCUAUUCACCGAUGGUCGCAGGCCUGACACGGCCUUUCAACGCUUCCGAAAUUCCCGACUCAGUGGGGAAUUUCACUCGGAGAUCACGGGUCGGAGUCUGAGCGAAUGCCUCGACGAGUGCCUCAGGCAGACGAGCUUCCAAUGCCGGAGCGCCGUUUACUCGGAAAAUUAUAGGACCUGCAGACUCAGCAGGUUUAAUCAAAAGGAUGGACAUCGUAUUAUUUACGAUGCCGAUUAUGAUUACUACGAGAACCUUAUGCAUCAAUACAUAGACAACGAAGGAGGGCCAGGAUACAGACCGGAUCCAUUAGGUCAGGACACAAAACAUGGACGACCAUUCUUAGGAAGACCCGGAUACUCUGACGACUAUCCAGGUGGGAAUAAGGUAGAGCGCCCAGAUAAAUAUCCCUAUCCAGGCAGUCGUUACCCCAUUCACUAUUUGCCGGGUGACGAGCGUUACCUCACUUCCGGUGGUGGUCGUCCUCAUUAUCCGCCAUCGGGUCCAGAUCGUUACCCUAUGGGUGGCGCAGAGCGUUUUCCAUCUGACGAACGUUACCCACUGGUCAAUCGCUAUCCAAUGGACCGCUACCCAGUCAGUGACCGCUACCCUAUGGGAGAUCGCUACCCCAUUGGUGAUCGCUACCCAACAACCGAUGACCGCUACCCAAUGCGACCUAUCAGUAGUCGCUAUCCCAGUCGACCUUCACCACUACCGUUACGGCCGGGUUUGGGAAACCGCUUUCCAGGGAUCAUACACAGAUAUCCAGUCAUAACAUCUCUCGACCGUCCAAGCGGUUAUACUCCUGGACCACGGUUCCCAAUCGGCACCACUGGCUUUCCAGCUCUGGAUGAUCGUUAUCCCCAACAGCCUCCAGCUACAUCCCUAGAUCGUUAUCCUUUGCCGGAGGAUUCACCCGAUAGAUUUCCAGGAGGAAUAGAUGGAAAUAGACUUCCGGAAAGAUUUCCAUCCGGAGAUAGAUAUCCGGAAAAGGAUGGUUAUCCAUAUCCCGAGAGGUAUCCUGGCUACACGGGCAAGGAUUACAAUGAUCGGCCAGGGUCGGGGCGACCAUCGAGUGGCCCCGGAGCUUCCAUCGGCGGUAACUCUCUGGGCCCGGGUGGCUACGACGAAGGGGCCAUAAUCGGCGGUGGUUACAUCGGCGAAGGCGGCGUUUAUCACUCGCGUCCCUUCGGAACGAGCGGUGGUCCAAUAAUCGGUCGUCCGCCUUUACUCUCACGCUGUGACGAACAGGAAAACUUCCGCCAGGUUGGACAAGGUACAAGAGUGCGUAAACCCUUCGUGCGCCGAUACACGACCGCCUCCUCCUUAUCCCAGUGCGAGCGCGAAUGCGCCGACGCCCGGGACUUCGUCUGCAGGUCCUUCAAUUUCCGACCUUAUGCCGCUCUUUUCGGGGCCGAAAGGGACAAUUGUGAGCUCAGUGACCGAGAUUCUCGCGACAUGGAUAUGGGCAAUCCCAUUUAUUACGACAGCAGCUCUGAUUAUGACUUUUACGAGCGGAAUAAUGGCAGGCAAGGAGGAGAUGAAUGCCUCGAUGUAAGUCAAGUUUGCAACGAAGACGGUAUGGAAUUUACAUUACGAACACCAGAAGGCUUUAUUGGACGAAUUUAUACUUAUGGAUAUUAUGAUCGAUGCUUCUUCCGCGGAAACGGUGGAACUGUGAACGUUUUAAGAAUUAGUGGGGCUCAAGGAUACCCAGAGUGUGGAACUCAAAGAUACGGUGAUACAAUGACGAAUAUCGUAGUGGUUCAAUUCUCUGAUUAUGUUCAAACUGGAAGAGAUAAGCGUUUUAAUUUGACUUGUCUAUUUAGAGGCCCAGACGAAGCCGUUGUUACUUCUGGUUACAUCGGAGCCGGCAGAUCGGGUUCGCCAAUACCGAUUGAAUAUUUACCAGCUGAGAAUACAUUGAGCUCGCGAGUUCGAUUAUUGAUCCUUUAUCAAGGAAGGCCAACUACCACUAUUGCCGUUGGUGAUCCACUUACAUUUAGAUUAGAAGCUCAAGAUGGAUAUAAUUACGCGACUGAUAUAUUUGCAACAAACGUCGUUGCCAGAGAUCCGUAUUCAGGAAGAAGUGUUCAACUAAUCGAUAGAUAUGGUUGCCCAGUGGACAACUAUGUUUUCCCUGGUCUAGAUCGGCUACGAGAUGGAGAUAGUCUUGAAGCUCGGUUCAAUGCCUUUAAAAUACCGGAAUCGAACUUUUUAGUUUUUGAAGCAACGGUACGGACAUGUAGAGAUGGUUGUCAACCUGCUUUCUGCUCAUCAAGUACUGGUAGAAGUGAACCGUCUUAUGGACGGAGGCGCAGGUCCGUCACUAAUGACUCUGAAAUUGAUGAUAAGUCGAAUUCAACUAAGAGCAAUACCGCCCACAUUGUUAAAUCCCCAAGCAAUAUCAAUGGGACUAAUGCCGAAGUGAAAGACGCUUCCGAGAACGAGGAAGAGUUUGUAAGAGAAAUGAUAGAAGUUUUUGAUUCGAGAUACGAUAUGUCAGAAGAAGAAAAUACCGUAGCUGAAAAAAGAAUUUCUCCGGUAGCCGAUACUGUUUGCAUUACUCCAAACGAGUAUUAUGGACUUAUGACUGCCGUGGUCGUACUCGUUGUUCUUUUAUCGUCUAUAGUGCUUUUAACAGUAUUAAUAUACAAGAAAUACGUAUAUACAGUAGUAGUCAAAAAUCGUAAAGUUGAUAGACUGUCAACUCCUAGCAAGAAUUCAGAAGACCUUUACAGUACACGAGCAAAUAAUUUUUCCUUCCUACGCUCAGGUCUUCAAAAUCCAUCUCAUUCCUCACCAAUCGGUAGAUCCUUGGGCAAUAUGCUUAGUCAACGCUCGUUAUCUUCGACAACUUUAUCCAGAAUUGUUGGAAGCAAUCCUAGACUAAAUUCAGACCCGAGUGAGCCCAUAUAUACGGAUCCAUCACUCUUUGAGGUCUCGCGAUGCACUUUGGUAGAAUCAAAAACCGCGCAAGACGAUAAUUUUCAUCUGAUAUAAAUGCUUGUCGACAUUAUAUAACGUCUUCUAGAACACAUUAAGUAUUUCGACAGUACAAUAAAAAUCAACAAAUAUUUUAUUCUUUUCAUGCAAAUAUUUUAAA